CCCUGAACCACCGUAGAGGUCGGGUGAUGCACCGUACGUCUCCGGGCACAUCGAAGAUCCGGGCCGAGGGAAGGGGGGGUGGUAUCCACGUGGGCGCACAGCGGGACAGCGCGGUCAGACACGAGGGUGGUACUCGCGCAAGAGGAAUGAGCACUCUUCGCGGCUGGGGGAAAGGGAUCAGCCACGAAAAUCCUCGGGAACGAAAAGCGCCGCUCUGAGAUUCGGGAUCAGCGCGGACUCGUCGCUCCUCGUCCGGCUCGUCGACACUCGAGCCGCGCGAGCUGCUACCAGCCACGAAAUUUCAUCUCUGACCCUCUUCAUCGGAUUAGCGUAGAAUUAGCGGCGGGCUAUAUAUCGUAACGAGGCUUCAAAGUUUUGUGAGUCGGAAGGCCCGCCGCUACCCUCUCUACCCUCUCGCGCGUCCGCGAGGAACAGAGGCAGAGAGAGCAGCCGAGCGCUCGUCGAGCAAGGUCGAACAAGGGUGCCCCCCUUCGUGAGCGAAUAUCAACCCCUUUCGUAGAUCUGAGAUCUAGGAUCAACGUAGAUACUCGUCUUGCCCGGAAAUCCGCGCCGGCGGACGAGCCCGUUGCCGUCGAGUAAUUUAGGAUAUAGGUGAUACAUACGCAAACAUUAUCCCUGAGGACGACCUCGGCACGGUCACGUGUACCCUGGGGAUAGAAGGCCGUCGAAUGGAGCUCCAACUCAUCAUGGACAGCGGCGCGGAAACUCUGAACGGGGCGAUGUGGUUCGGCAGCACGUCGUCUCCGUCAUACGAGCAGCUGUCGCCGGUUCGCUCGAACAGGUGUGACGUCGUGGCCGGGUCCCAACAGACCACAAUGGGAUAUCACAGCCCGCAAAAUUCUCUGUGGCAAGACAAGCAUAGCUCGCCGAAGGGCUCGCCGGCUGCCGGUGAUCGGGUGCACCUGAACGGCGGCUCGCCGCAGCAGCUCUCGCCCGCCGGCUCCUCCCUGAGCUGCGAGCAGAACAAUUUGAAGCGUCGCUCCGCGGAACCGUUGCAACACAUCGUGGAACUCGAGAAGAAGCAUGUCAGAAGAGACGGAUCCAUCGGAAGCAAUGGCUCCGGUCAAGGUUGGUCCACUCAAGUAGAGGAACUGGCGGAGCACCUCGCCGCUGAUUUCGAUGGAUCGUUAUCCGCUCUCGCGGCGUCCGAUCUUGCAACAGCUGUCGCCUCUUAUAAUAUGAGCGAAGCCCUCCUCGCUUUGCCGUCGUUAACCGUCUUCAAGCAGGAAGCGCCGUCGCCCGAGAACCAAACCAACAACCCCAAUUUAAAUCACGUGUCGCAAAGGGCGAUCAAUAGCGCGGCACCGUCCAACAAUGGGAACGUCGGCUCCGUCGAGACUGACAGCAACAAUAACGGCCAAACCGCCGCCAGUCUCCAUCAGCUGUUGUAUUCCUCCAGCGAGGACUACCAGCCGACUUCGUCCUCGGCCAACCACGUUUCCUCCUCCCAACAGGGGAACGAACUGAACGAGGACUGCCGCUUUCAGUACGUCCUAGCUGCCGCUACCAGCAUCGCCACCAAAGUUAACGAGGAAACGCUGACGUACCUGAACCAGGGACAGUCGUACGAGAUCAAGCUGAAGAAAUUGGGUGACUUGUCCGCCUAUCGCGGCAAGAUCCUGAAGGGACAUCCGGGCUUUCUGUUCCAGUCGACGAUACGUAUUUGCUUCCACGAGCGACGGCUACAGUACACCGAGCGGGAGCAGAUGCUGGCCUGGCAACGCGCUAGGCCGGGGGAGAGACUGCUCGAGGUCGACGUGCCCCUCAGCUACGGGAUGGUAGACGUCUGCCAGCCGUCGCCGUCCAACAACAGCGUGGAAUUUAUGUGGGACCCCACGAAGGAAGUCGGCGUCUACAUCAAAGUGAAUUGCAUCAGCACCGAGUUCACGCCGAAGAAGCACGGUGGCGAGAAAGGCGUGCCCUUUCGGAUCCAAGUGGAGACCCGGCUGCCGGGAGGGCCGCGCUUGCACGCUGCCUCGUGUCAAGUGAAAGUUUUCAAAUUGAAGGGAGCGGACCGCAAGCACAAGCAAGACCGCGAUAAGAUACUGAGACGUCCGCCUCACGAGCAAGACAAGUAUCAGCCCAGCUACGAUUGCACCGUUCUGUCCGAUAUCCCCCUGGAGUCCUUGUCCCCGUCGAGUUUGGCCACGCAGAACGGAGGCAGCCCGUACGCACCGACGGAUGCGAUAUCGCCGCAAACACGCGCAACUAUCGGCGGUAUGGUACCGAUGGUCCCCGCUUCGGACGCCGUGAAGGAAAACGCAAGCACGGCUCCGGCCCUGCCAUCGCCCGCUGCCAUUCUGCCGGAUCAACCUUGCAUCGAGGCCGAGGUUGGUUUGGCCACACGCAAAGCCACUUCUCCGCAACAGCUACUCGAGACCAUAAAAACGAGCACCCCGUGCCACGCCGAGCUGCCCCCAGAUGCGAACGCUACGCAGACAACAGCGUGGCUGCGCGCCAGUCGUUUCAACGCAUUCGAGUCGACCUUCGCGAGCUUCUCCGCCUCGGACAUCCUUCGCCUGUCCCGCGAGGAUCUCAUCCAGAUCUGCGGAGUGGCCGACGGCAUCCGGCUGUUCAAUACACUGCACUCGAAGGCGCCGACACCGAAGCUGACUCUCUAUUUUUCCCUGGAAGGCACCGGCUCUCUCUGGCGAGUCGCCUACUUGGAUAAUCUGACGAGUGCCGCGCUCACCAGCAAGCUGCUCAGCACUCUCAGCCUGCCGGCCGACCGACUGCAUUCGAUCCUGUUUUUGGGGCCGCAGGGGAUACACGUGUUGGUGACCGACGAGCUGGUGGCGAACAUGAAGGACGAGAGUAUGUACCUCGUCGAGACAGUCAAAGAUCCCGCCAGUGAACGCUACAAAUUGCUGAUCAAGUCGAAGACGAUUUGAAAGGUUUGCCUAUUUGUGCGUAUUGAGGCCUGGUUUUAUUAACGUGUGAGACAACGUCGCGUGCGAGGCGACAGCUGGAGUUACGCAAAGUGCAGAAACAUCUGUGCCCGACGAAUACGAACGGCGGAGAGGAUCGUCACGAUGCAAGUGUAAAAGGUUCCAAGAAAGAUUGCGAUUGGCAGACCAAUUGGAAUUUCAACGUGAUUGAUCAUUUGUUAACAUUUGUAUUUGUAGCAAACGUGUCCGAAUGUAAAAGCGAAUCGUCGCUCGGAACGGUGUCAACGCCGAUGAUUGUAACAUAAUUGAAGCAUAUUCACUUAUAUGUACGCAGGUUUGCCCCGAUAUCCUUGUCAUUCUCCUUUAGAUACGUUUUCUAGAUUAAUAAUUAUGAGAAUAUUAUUAUUGCGUUAUUGUACAUUGCGCACAGUUCACAGUGCAGCGCACGACUACGCGCGAGGUUUCUAAUUCCGCCGGUGAGAAAAACCGCCGAAGAUGUCUGUACUGUUUUUUCGGCAAUUCUGUAAAUAUAUGUAAUUAUACAUGUUGUUACGCCCGUCUGAAGCGUAUCGCUUCAGCAAUUGCGCGUGUGUGGGAUCGCGCGUAAUCACGUGGCGGCCGAAUAUUCUGAGAUUGCGGAAUGAUAUUUGUGUUCGCAGCAUUUAGAAGCGGAUCCUUCAGACGAACGCGAAGUUGUAGAAUACUCGCGAGAUUCUUAUCGUGAUUUGUAGGUCGCACACGAUUGAGCUAGGGUUAGAAUUAGAUUGACGGCAAAAAUUUUUCGAAGACAUGUUUAAUACGUGUGAGCGGAGAACGGAGUCGGCGAAUAAACGAAGGGAUAAAGAGAUUACAUAGAGAUCGAGCACGAUUAUGCGUCGCUCAUUUAGUACAAUUUACGAAAACGUCUCGUUUUCGACAUACGUGCCACAUUAAAAGUAAGAAGUGUAGGACUGUAGUCGCGAGUGUAUAUAGUUAAUGUUAUGACUACUUGUUGCUUUCAUCAUCCUCGUCCGCGUUAUUCUUUCGUUUCCGUAAAUCUUUAACGUGUUUACAAUUUAUCGCGAGCAAAGUGAUAUCGAUUGACGCUGUUAGCGCGGAGGAUCGAGAACUACCGUCAAGUUUUGCAGUGUAAAAUUUUCGCGCGAGAAGAAGACAUGUUGUUGAGAGAGUGCCUUAAUUAAUUAACGUGCCAAUAGUAACAUAUUUACUCGCAUAAGUGCUCGAGCAGGUGUAGCUAAUUGAGCAAGAAAGAAGUAUUUUAUCACUUUUGCAGCGCGAAUACACUACGAUAGAGGAAAAAUAGGUAGUAGAUGUUCGGUUCUUUUUUUUUAUACUAAUACAUUUGAAAUCCCGCGAUUUUAGAAAUUUCACGAAACGCGAGACUUGAAUCUGUAAUUUUUUAUUAUUAUUUUAAUGUUUAUUUUAUACACGAAAGUGCCAAUGCAAGUUAUCAUGUAGCACGCUAUCGCCUGUUAAUUAGUGCGUUAAGAAAUCGCCGAGGAAGAUGGUUGUUUGUUUCGUUGUAAGGGGUGUGGAGUUACUAACGCAAUUUAGAUAUGACAAAGAGUACCACGAAUAACAAUCAAUUAGUUAACGAACAUAAUCACUUUCUUUUUUAUUGUUACGAACUUUUGCGCGCCUGCGAACUGCGGCGCGUUGGAAAUGCUCACUGCGACUUAAUCGCACGAUAUCGACUACGUAGAAUUCGUCGUACAUGCAUACCGCGGUACCUCGAUUAUGCGAAUAAGUGUAAAUCUUAAGUAUGUUAUUUUAUAAAAUACAGUCUAUUUUUCUGUUAUAAUUUAAAGAUUGGAGAAUACGCACGUUGAUACUUGGAAAGCCAUAAUGAGUGUAUGCCCGGUAUGUUAAUUGUUAUACACCUCAUACGAGUGUUUCCGUCGGGAUGAAAUGGCACAAUAAAUACUUCUUGCUGCCCA